UGCAUGGACGUCGGCGCUGCUCGCUUGCAGAUGAUUUUCCUCAAAGAGCACUCGGAUGGGGAAGGGCACACACUUCCGAACGCUGCCCUGGACAAUCAAACAAGAUAUACAUAGUUAUUUCAUUGGAGAAAAAGGAUUCACUCCUCGAAAGCCAGCAAAAUAACGAUUACGAAAUGAUCUUGCAGCAUUUCCCUAGCUAGCGCCGAACGAUUAUAUUUUUUGUACAGAGCUGUUUCAGCUACCUGCAAUUACUGUAGCCUACCCUACUCUAGUCUUGACUUCAGGGUCUGUAGGUUUGCAGGAUCACACCUAUCCGGCUCUACAAAAACGGUCUGCAGCAUGGACUACGAGAGGCCCAAUGUUGAGACCAUCAAGUGUGUGGUGGUGGGAGACAAUGCAGUGGGGAAGACCCGGCUCAUCUGUGCUCGGGCCUGCAACACCACCCUGACCCAGUACCAGCUGCUGGCCACUCACGUGCCCACCGUCUGGGCCAUCGACCAGUACCGCGUCUGCCAAGAGGUUUUGGAGCGUUCCAGAGAUGUGGUGGACGAGGUUAGCGUGUCUCUCAGACUGUGGGACACCUUCGGGGACCACCACAAGGAUAGACGCUUCGCCUACGGCAGGUCAGAUGUGGUGGUCCUGUGUUUCUCAAUAGCCAACCCUAACUCCCUUCAUCAUGUCAAGACCAUGUGGUACAUGGAGAUCAAGCACUUUUGCCCGAGGACCCCCGUCAUCCUGGUCGGCUGCCAGCUGGACCUGCGCUAUGCAGACCUGGAGGCUGUGAACCGGGCCAGACGCCCACUCGCCAGACCUAUCAAGCCAGGAGACAUUUUGCCACCUGAGAGUGGCAGAGAGGUUGCCAAGGAGUUGGGCAUUCCUUACUACGAGACCAGCGUCUUUGACCAGUUUGGCGUCAAAGACAUCUUCGACAACGCCAUCCGUGCUGCCCUCAUCUCCCGACGCCACCUCCAGUUUUGGAAGUCCCACCUCCGCAAGGUUCAGAAGCCUCUCCUCCAGGCCCCCUUCCUUCCUCCCAAAGCUCCGCCCCCUCUCAUCAAGAUCCCAGAGUGCAUCCCCUACAACCACGAGGGCCCUCGUCACCUAUUGGACAGCCCGCUCUGCGCCGACGUCCUAUUUGUCCUCCAGGACCACAUCCACGUGUUCGCCCACAAGAUCUACCUGUCGACGUCCUCCUCCAAGUUCUACGACCUGUUCCAGAUGGACUUCUCGGACGAGUCGCAGUGCCUGGUGGUCACGGAGCGUCACGGCAGGGACCACCUGAUGAGGACCCUCAGCCUGGACACAGAGGAGGAAGUGGCCGUGCUGCCUAACCUGUCCCCCUGUUCCCUGCGAGCCUCCAAGAGUGACGGGACCCUGCGCAUGAUGAGCUUCAGUGGGAAGCACCGCCGCACCAAGCUGUCCCUGGCGUCCUGGAGCAAGGCCUUCUACAGCAUCCACAAGGAGAGUGUCACUAACCCCAUCACUAGCACGCUAGCCCCCAUGACCGUGGUUAAGAUGGACUACUCCAUCCAGCUGGGACCCUUCAGCGCCGUGCUGCGCUUCCUCUACACAGGGGAGCUGGACGAGAGGGAGCGUGACCUGAUGAAGAUUGCCCAGAUAGCGGAGAUCCUGGAGGUGUUUGACCUGAGGAUGAUGGUGGAGAACAUCAUGAAUAAGGAGGCUUUUAUGAACCAAGAGAUCACCAAGGCUUUCCAUGUCAGGAAGGCCAAUCGCAUCAAGGAGUGUUUGGCCAAGAACACCUUUACAGAUGUCACGUUCCGAUUGGACGAUGGUACCAUGAAUGCCCAUAAGCCUUUGCUGAUCUCCAGCUGUGAUUGGAUGGCUGCUCUGUUCGGGGGAGCAUUCCUGGAGAGUGCCAACAACGAGGUAUAUUUCCCCAAUACCAGCAGGGUGUGUAUGCAGGCGGUCUUGGAGUACCUGUACACCAAUCAUCUGUCUCCGAUGGCAGAACUGGACCCCAUGGAGCUCAUUGCUCUGGCCAACAGGCUGUGCCUUCCUCGUCUCAUAGCCCUGACAGAGCAGUAUGCUGUUUGUGAGCUGGUGAAAGCCUCUAAAGAUGGCCAGGACAUGGAUGGAGAGGUCCUUACAUACCUGGAGCUGGCUCAGUUCCACAAUGCUAACCAGUUAGCAGCUUGGUGCUUGCAUCACAUUUGCACUCAUUACAAUAAUGUCUGUGCCAACUACCGCAAAGAGAUCAAGUCCAAGUCUCUUGACAACCAAGAGUACUUUGAGAAGCAUCGCUGGCCGCCGGUGUGGUACCUGAAGGAAGAGGACCACUACCAGCGCGUCAGGAAGGAACGCGCAAAGGAGGAUGUGGUCAUGAACAAGCACCAAUCGCGACGCAGAUGGUGUUUCUGGAGCACCUCCCCCGCGGUGGCCUAAAGACAUCUCGCUCCGGGUGGGGUGGGGUUUGGGGGGGGCACUCAAAUCUCAACUCAGUCUUGUUUGUUGUGGUUUAAUUCAUGUUUAUUUUGUCAGGACAUUCACUUGAGGUGAAGGAGUUCUCAGAACAGAUGGUUCUGGAAUGUCACAGUCCAGCUUUGAGAAUUUGAAUUGAGAUUAAUUGAGACUGAAUACAGCUUUCAACCCACAUCUGCAUUUAUUUGAGUUCUGAUGAGAUCAGAAUACAACGGACCAGUGAGUUGAGAUCUGAACUGACCCCUCAGUCCUACAGGGCAGACUGUCUACACCCCCCCCCCCCUUUACUUCACCCUUUUCCUCCAACCCUUGUUUCUGUCUUUCAGCUCAGAUGAUGUAUCUACGAAUGCACUGUACUACAUUCACCUCUAACCCACUUCCCCACCACCCACCUCAUCCCCUGCCCCCCAGGAACGACCUCCAUACUGUUUGAAGCACAGCUUGUGCGUCCAAACAAUAAGGGCCGUUCUCAUUGGUUAACAUAACUUAAAUUUCAGUGGCUCCUUUCCCAACAGUGGCUGGGAUUGUAUUACAGUAGUUGUUGAUUGUAAACCUGUUUUUCAAAUCUCCAUCUUUAGAUAUCCGCCUCUCACAUCCGAGAGUAUAAACACAGGGGGUCAGUAAGGAGCCUAUGUCCUCUUAGUAGGCACACUGCAUUUAGGGUCAAAUACACCUAGGUAAGGUAAGCUUUUGCAAAGUUAAAUCACCUUUACAGUGAAUGUUCCUGUUAGAACUGGGUUUUGACCUGUAAGGUCUACCUAUCUUUUAAUAUCCAUUAAUCUUAAAAUUAAGUGCUUAAAACCUUAGAUGACCGCUGAUACUAUUAACUACUGGGGUGCAGAUGUUACUGUCACACUGGGAAGGACAGAACCUGCUUCUGGUUAGAGAUGUAACAGCAUGUUAUCUGAUUAUCUGAGUAUGUUCACUUGAAGACACCAUGACACCAGCCGUGAGUUGGAAGUCUGAGACUGGAGAUGAAUCCAACCAUGUUCAUCCUCAGUGGUUAUCACAUUGUCCUGUUCUGAAGACCCCAUUAGUGUGCUUCUCUCCAACUCCAACCCCUAUGUUCUGAGUCAAGCAUCUACCACUGGUCAGAUUCUUGAUGGUAGUGUGGGUUUUCACAUUGCCUCAAACCUUUUCUGGGAUUGUUUUUUAGACCAUUGGAAUGAAUCCGCCUUUUGCUAAGGGUAGAUUGAACACUAUAAAUGCAAUAAACUGUCCCGCUGCCUUCAGCAGAGGACCCCGUCUAAACUAAUGCUGCUCCAGAGAUGAACACACUGACUAGCUCACAACCCAACUGCAGAUAGAACUGAAGUUUAUUUUUCUACAAGAUCCUCUGUCUUUCUUUUGAAUUUUCUCUUAUCCUAUAUUGUAGCGCAGUCUUUUGACUGUGUAGGUCACAGGUCAAACUAGGCUGUCUUUAUUUAUGAUUAUAGAAGGGCUUAGCACAACUCAUUAGUUCAGGGUUUACUUGAAAUGGACCUAGACUAUAAAUAACAAAUACAACAGAAACAGCUCCUAACCAGUACUUGCAUAUUGUAUCACUAUAACCAUUGUUGUGCAGUUACAUACAGUAGAUUGUAACUUUAUUUAUCACACAGAUGAUUGUUGCUGACAAGAGGAACAUACAGUAGGGCAAAUGAUGUUCUGCAUUAUUGUACCAAGGACAUGUAUUGAAUGUGCACUGUAGGGUUGGGGUCUAUUCCAUCGACAUUUAACCAAGUUAGUUAAAUCUAAAAUGUAACGUUCACAAAAAAAGAUGCACAAAAGUUUUUUAACCAACUAAACUUAUGGAAAAGGAAUAUUUCCAUUCAUGCCUAAUAAUAAAAAAAAUGGAAUUGUCAUUUGGAUUCAGGAUUGACCUUAACCCUGACUGUAAGUCAUGGUUAUACUGUGACUACUCUGGGAGCACAGGGGAUGGAUGUGUGACAGUAGAGCAACACUUGUGAGCCUAGGUCUUUAUGUGGGUGUUUAUGUAAAAAACACCAGCUUGUUUCAUUUUUAAGCCACCCAAAAGGCUAAGGGGGAAUUGUCUCCUUUGGUCUGCAAAGACGGGGAAACUUGAUACUUGAAAAUAUAAUGUAUUUUAUCAACCAUACUGUGCAGUAGCUAGACAUUUCUUUAGUCAACCAAAGCGAUAAGUAGAUAUUAACAUAUUAAAUAGAUGAUGCCAUGUGAUUGUUGAAGGUCUUUUUCUGGGUGUGUAUUAUUGCAAACCUGUUGUUAGCUGCUAAUUACCAAGUGGCUGGUUCAUUUGGUUGUGCUGUCAAAAGCCUUUGAUCUUGCUGGUCAUUAUCCUUAUCAAUGUUGUUGAUUUAUUUAUGUACCUAUUUAUUUAUGGAUUGAUUCACUUAUUUUUUUUAAAGCAACUAUUGUUCAUUAAAUAAUU